AUGCUACUCACGCUUCGCACGAUACCCUCUCUCCUAAACGCUGCAAGCAAUCGCAAACGUCCAAAUUCUAGCACGCCCUCGCAGCAGCGUGCCUUGACGAUGCUGCUAGUUCACCAGACGGGGAGCGUCAAGGUGGGCGAGGUGGUGAGGUACACCGUCACAUACACGCCUGCUGAAGACCGCAUUCUGCCCUCGCCCGCCGUCCUCCAUGUCCGCAUACGCAACUCGUCGGCCAUUCCGCUGCGUGCCGCCUAUCUCCACGGCCCCUAUACCAUCCACGUCGCCGCCUAUCCCUCGACCUUCAACCCCAACAAGAAGGUCGAGUCGCCCAAGACAUACGGCGUCCCCGAGUUCGAGCCCAACCUCAAGGCGGGCGGCUACUGGAACGCCAAGUUGACGGUGCCCGAACACAUCAGACAGGGCGACGAGAGCCGCAACGCUGACGGGUCGCCCAAGAGCGCAACUUGGAUAAUCGAGAUUGCCUCGCAGAUCAUCUUUUCCAACUCGGCCUCGGUGAACUACGAGCUGCUGGUAGCCCGUGACGAGAGGUCGCUGGACCUGGGCUUCACGGCCGUUACCGGAAACAGCCAUGGGGUGCCAGGCAAGGUGCAGGACCACCAGCAGGGGAAGAAGGCGCAUACGCACGGCCAUCCUGCGCAGCCAAAAGGCGUCUAUUCAAAGGCCAUCAAAUUGGUCGUCGACGACACGUCGAGUCUGUGGAACAAGCCGGAGCUGCCCGAGUGGAAAGACGAGGAACACCACGCCGACAGGCGCAAGUCAAAGGACGUCCACCACCAGGAGCCUGAAGAUCACCGCAAGCAGAAGAAGAUCCACCUCGUCAUGGUCACCCACGGACUGCACAGUAAUCUCGGCGCGGAUCUGCUGUACUUGAAGGAGAGCAUCGAUGCGACAGCCAAGCAAGCCCGGGAAGACCGACGGAGAAAGCGGCGAGAGCAGAAGGGAGGAAAGUCUAGCGAGGAUACUGUGACGGAAAGCUCUACAGCUCCAUUGUCAGGUGGUCAAGACGAGAUAACCGAUGAAGAAGCGGACGACGACGAAGAAGAGGUCAUUGUGCGUGGGUUUGACGGCAACGUUAUACGCACCGAGCGCGGCAUCCAGUAUCUUGGGAAAAGACUGGCCAAGUAUGUGCUACGUACAACAUACCCCGACCAACCAUUUUUACCCGUCAAGAGGUCCAUUGGCGAGAAGCUGUCCAAUACCUUCUCCGCUCCCAAGGACAAGGGUGAUGAGGGUAUACCGGGCCACGAAGGAAGUACUGCUCACAAGACACAUACACAUCACUCGAGACGCGCAUACAAGUUCACCAGUAUCAGCUUCAUCGGUCACUCGCUGGGAGGACUCGUUCAGACAUACGCCAUCGCCUACAUCCACAAGCAUUCUCCGCAAUUCUUCGAGAACAUCAAGCCCAUCAACUUCAUCGCCAUGGCCUCUCCGUUUCUGGGUUUAAGUAACGAGAACCCCAUGUAUGUCAAGUUUGCUUUGGAUUUUGGAUUGGUGGGCAGGACGGGGCAAGAUCUUGGGUUGACCUGGAGGGCUCCUACGUUGGCAAAGCAAGGAUGGACUGCUAUGGUAAGCGGGCUCGGAAACCAGCCUCAAAGUGAGCCCAAUCAUGAGGACCCUGGCGCAAAACCGCUUCUUCGAAUUCUUCCUACUGGUCCAGCUCACCAAGUUCUGCGCAUGUUCCGAAAUCGUACGCUGUACUCGAACGUAGUCAACGACGGAAUCGUCCCGCUCCGCACAAGCUGUCUUCUCUUUCUCGACUGGACAGGCUUGGGCAAGGUGGAGAAGGCACGGAGGGAGAACGGUCUCGUUGGAGCCGUAGCUAUAUGGGGCUUUGGCCAGUUGACGGGACAGAACACGCCAGCCAGUGCCUCGAGGAUCGGCUUUUCAGAUGACGAGAAUGAGAGUGUCGAGCCUCCUUCGUUGGGAGGGGAUGCUGAGGCCGUUCCUUUGCCUGGUGUGGAUGUCACCAACCAGGAUGACGAGGCGCAAGCUGCUGCCAAACCUAUGGAAGGGAAGAAGAAGGCAUCAGACGCAGACUCGGACUCUGAUUCAUAUUUCCAGCCGCAAAAUACGCUCAUGCAGCUCUGGAGCUAUAUCCGGCCCACAGGCAAGCACACUGCAAGAGACAAGAAGAUGUUCAAGCGCAGUCAGACGUAUCCGAAAAAUGAAGAAGAGCAAGAUACUCAAUCAGAAGCAGAAGCAGAGGCGUCCUCGUCACAAGAUGCAGCGCAGCAGAAGAGACCAAAGGCAACACGUGGUGACACUGUACUCAACAACGCUACGAGUAUGCUAGCACCGCCUAAGACAACGAUAUUUGAGUCUGCUGGUGACCUCAUAAACCCGCCCGUUCCCCCAACGUCGUGGAUUACAGACCCGUCGACUCGAGCACGAACUAUCUUCCAUGAUCGUGUCUAUCAUCCUGAGGAUAUUCCACCUCCACCGGCUAAGAAGAGAGCUACAGGUCGCUCGGUCUCAGGCGAAAGCACCUCAUCCCAAGUAUCUACUACGGAGGGAGGUGUCAUGCGCGUCGAAGAGAAGAUUGCUCGGGCCUACCAUAAAGAUCUGUCAUGGCGGAAAGUUCUAGUCCGUCUUGAACCCGAUGCUCAUAACAACAUGGUCGUUCGCCGCAUGUUUGCCAACGCUUAUGGAUGGCCGGUCGUCAAACACCUUUGCGACACGCACUUUGCAAACACUUUCUCAGCCCAAACGCGUGACGAGAAUGAGCCUGCCAUCGACCGAGCCAAGGGUAUCGAAGUCCCAGUGAACGAAAACGGUGAACACGUCAGAGGACAGGAGGACGUUGGCCCGCCAAUUGCACGUACAGACAGCGAAAUGAGAGAGGUCGCAGACGAGUUGGCGCCGCUCAAGAACCCUCCAAUGGCUCCUCGCCGAAUGGAUACGACCGAUUCCAUGCGCAGCACAGGCACUGCCGACUGGGAUAGCAUAUACUUUGAUGGGACGAGCGACGAAGAGGACGAAAGCGAUGAUCGCACUUAUCUCCAGAAGUUUCUGCAGAUCAACAAUCAGGGCUCACGCAGCCCACGUCGCUCGCGUAGUCCCAACCCGACCACACCGCGAACACCUGGCGAAAGGGGUACGAGCGAUCAAGACAUAACGGCGUUCUUGAACAAUAUGCCCCCAGCUGCUAUGGAUAUUCAUAGAGGGUUAGGCCCGACGCCGACAAGGCAAUCGGGCAAGUCAAAGCCCGAGCCUGAUUCUGUUCAGUCCUUCGGUGGGACGCCUGUAGUUCUUGGAGAGGGCAAGCUGACAGAGAGUCCACCUGACACGCCCUCCGCAAACAUCACCGAACUCGGAUUGAAGAAGUCUUUGGACGUGAGCGCCCCUUCUUCACCAGUGGCCAACAAGAAUGGAAGCAAGAGCGGAGGCGUAGGAGAGCACGUAGCUAGACUGAGCUUCUCGCAGGACCACGCGUAG